UGAAGGCAGCCUGAGAUGAUGAGAGUGGGUCAUCAGCUGCAGACAGUCAGGUGUGGUCGGCGGGGAGACGGUCGGACCGGAGCUCAGCUGGUGGACUCCUACCGGGACGAGCACAACGUCUAACCGCGGAUCUCCUAUCAUGACCCCGCGACGGAGCCCCAACCGCACCAACAUGACCGAACUCCUUUUAAACCUGGGCUGAAGAAGCAGAGCGAGAGCCUUCCUCAUGUAAUGAAACCAGGAACAGGUGACUUUUUACCCGACCGCCGGAGGAACUGAAGUGAAAUCAAAGGGAUCAGCCUAAAGGAAACCUCAGCGGAUGUAACCACUACUGACCUGCAGAGAAAAAGAGGAACGUCUCAGUUACUCACUUCUUUAAAAAAAAGAAACAGAAAAAAGGGAUGGAGUUAAAGAGUGAGCGGUGGAGGAGCUCAGGGCAAUAACUGGCAAUAUAACUGGAUUUAUGAUCAGAGAGAGAGAGAGAGAGAGAGCGAGGCUGCACUGUGGCAGAACUGUGACUUUACAAUAAGAGAUCAAUGAUCUGUGAGUUUGGAAAUCCCCCGCAGGAAUCGUCACCGGGGUUGAACUGGAACUGAGGUGGAACCACGCGCUCGCUCUCGGCCGUGGAAGCAUGAAUCAUAAACGCGGGGCCUCUGCAGAAGCUGCCGCUGUGCUUUCACUCUGAGACCGAAGGAACAAAACGAUGUGAACGACUGAUAAAACCCCAAAACUGGAAAAAGGAAUUGAGCUGGAAAUGUCCUGUCGCUGGUGGAAGGGGAACGCCUGUGAUCUGUGGACAAAGUCUCGUGCUGCUCUGAGCUCGUAGCGUUGGGAGGAAUCGAACACAAACACUGGGGAGGUCGGGGGGGAACAUCACCUCCUCUUCCUCCUAUUAAACUGAUUUUACUCGGGAAUUCAGUAAGAGGCCGAACAGAUGGCGGGAAAAGACUACAAUCAUCUCUUUAAGCUGCUCAUCAUUGGAGACUCCAAUGUGGGGAAAAGCAGCCUCCUCCUCCGCUUCGCAGACAACUCCUUCUCUGGCAGCUACAUCACCACCAUCGGCGUCGACUUCAAGAUCCGAACGGUAGACAUCGACGGGGAGCGGGUUAAGCUGCAGAUCUGGGACACGGCGGGACAGGAGAGAUUCAGAACCAUCACAUCAACGUACUACAGAAACACCCACGGUGUCAUUAUUGUUUACGACGUGACAAAUCCAGAGUCCUUUGUCAAUGUUAAGAGGUGGUUGAAUGAGAUCUCUCAGAACUGUGACAGCGUCUGCAAGAUCCUGGUGGGAAACAAAAAUGACGACCCAGCCAGGAAACAGGUGGAUACCCAGGAUGCUGUGCGUUUUGGGGAGUCGAUGGGAGUCCGGGUGUUCGAGACCAGUGCCAAAGAGAACAUAAAUGUAGAAGAGAUGUUCAUGGCCUUCACACACAUGGUGCUCCGGGCCAAGAAGCAGAGCCAGAACCGAGCGGAGCGGGAACGAGAGCGCGAGAAGGACACGGUCAACAUCAACGCCCAGAGAGACCGCGACCGCAGGAAGAGAGGGAAGAAGUGCUGCUGAGUAACGAAGCCACCGAACCGCUCAUCGCUUCCACAACAUUCAAAUAAGAUUGGGAACCCCCCCCCCGUGCCUUAAGGAGGAGGAGGAACUUGUUUCAGACGCGAAUGUUUGAAACUGCGUUCACUAUUUACUGCGCCGCGUUACGGCGUCAACAGGUCAGUCUGACUGGAGGCGGAGGGAUCCACAGUCGGUCAGCACUGACUGCGUGUAGCAGCCUGGAGGUCACAUGACUUCACGGAUCAUUCUGGUGUUUUUAGGACGUUUCUGGCCCGUUUACUACAAGUCACAUGUAAAGGUCCAGUGUGUAACAGUGAGGAGGAGCUCUUUAAUAAUAAUAUAACUAUGUUUUCAUUCGUAUAUAAUCAGCUGAACAUGAGAAUCAUUGUGUUUAUUACCUUCGAAUGAGCCGUUUUUAUCUACAGAGUGGUUCCUCUUCUGGUGGAGUCCGCCAUGUUUCUACAGUAGCCCAAAGCAGACAAACCAAACACUAGUUUCUCCUUUGAGCUUGGAAGGGGAGGGUGAGGCGAGGGAGUUGCAACGUGACCACUAGAUGCCACUGAAUCCUACACACUGGUCCUUCAAAGCGUGCUGGCCGGGAGGAUGGAGAAGAGCAGUGGAGCACGUUAACUUUUAGUUCCUGACCUUUAAACCCAACUAUUGUCUCUAAGUUUCUAAGAAUGGAUGAAUUAUUAACGUUUGUAGGACUGAAACUAACGGUUCUUUUCGUAAUCUAUUAAUCUGCUGAUUAUUUUCUCGAUUAAUCGCUUUCGUCUAUAAAACAUCAGGUAAACGGUGAAUAAAGGCGUCAGAUGUCUUGUUUCAGUUGUGGUUGAAGAAGUGUGGAGUGGAUGUUCAUACAAUCCUCAUAAAUAUGGUCCAACCUUUCCAACACAAGAAGUCUUAAAAUCUAUCGGGGCAGAGGGUCAUGAAAUCACUGAGACUGUCUUCUGUAGCGCCGUCCUCUACCAACAGUAGGGUUCUGUUGCUGUAUGUCUGUUUCUUCCAUCCAGAUUUAACUUAGACGUGACAUCUGACUCGAGACAAUCCAUCACAGAACAUCGUACAGUUUACCUGCUGUGAGAUAUAAAGCGUGAUGAUGGUUGUAAAUGAGCUGAAAACGUACAAAAAAACCCACCAGUCUGGUCCUUUAACUCUCCACUAGUGAACCACUGUUAUGUGCCCAUUUUGUUUUUGUCUUAAGAGUUAAAGGUGUUUUACUGAAAGGGAAUCAGUUGCAUUUGUGACUUAACUGUAACUUUAAAAUCAUUAACUGGUGUUUGGAGUGCAGUCCGACGUCUGUUCGCCUCAUGAGGCCAGUAACCCCCGACUACAGUGUGUGUGUGACAGCCCAAAAUAUUCACGUCAUUAGUAUGUUGUUGGUUUUUUUUUUUUAUGUAAAUCUGUUGCCUAGCAAAUGUGUCCAAAUCCAAAUAAAGCAAUAAAUCCA